AUCCGCCACCGUUCUAAGCUCAUCAGCACGCUGCUUGCAAUCGGUAAACUUGAAAGAGACGCUUAAAAUCCCUUUUUUCCAGUAUCUGCUCAGCGUCAGCAAGCAGUCUCUGCGCUUUGCACUCUCUUGUUGUUUCAUCAUCUUGUCCAGGGAGCAGCCGGGCGCAAACUCCACAACCGCUACGCCGCCAGAACGGCGUUAUCGGGACUCUACCGCGCUCACGAGACACCGUGCAAGAUAUGCAUGGCUACUCGCGCUCUCUCUGAUUUGCCGCAUGAGGGGAAGGAUUUGUUAAUUGUCACCGUCAUCGCCUUGAAGCGCAGUCUCUGGUGGAAUGGCUGCCGACAAUUUCCGUCAAGGGAGCACCAUGACGCCGAAUUCGUGGAAUAGGGAUAUGCCUAUGUGGCAGGCAGAGCCUCAGCAGCAAUUCCGGUCACCGGAGCCAUCUUGGGCUCGCGACUUAAGACGGCCUGCAGAUGGUCUUCAAGAGCACACGAUGCAUCGAACAGUCCAGGUGCAUCACCAGCUCUUGUCAAGUCAAGCGCAUAUGUAUAAUCAACCACAUCACCCGCAUCAACCCCGCCCAACUCGUCCAAUGCGCCCACCGCGCCAGGCACAUCAAACGCACCAAACGCAUCCUGUCCACCCAGUCUCCCCACCUGAUUAUCAGAGACUUGGCCCCUCUGGACAAGAGCCCAGUCUUAAGCCAAAAGCGAAGCCAUCCUCAGCAGCGUUUUCGGGAAACCCAGAAGAAGGGUCGAUGCUCAGCCUUCAAGACAUCACGCUUAUGAGCAAGAGUGCUUCUGAGGACCCUCCGGCCAUGAAUAUGGCGUCUGGCGAGGUCAAGACAACCAGAGCAUCAUGCCGCUUUUCUCUGUUUGAAACACGUAGCAAUGAGCGACGCCCAAUGCAUUGCGAAUCCCAGCUCUGCGAGAUCAAGACAUAUCGCCUGCCCUAUGAGCCGCACCGAAUUGCUUACAUUCACCUGCCGCGGCCUUUUGUGGUACCACAGCACACGUUUCGUGUACGCCAAGCUGAUGGCAUAUUGACGUAUGCCUCUUCUUAUGGUCUGCGCAUUGAAUUAGAGGCUUCAGAUGACGACUCAUGGCCGCCCUUAGACCACGAAGAUUUUGGCCUCUCACCUCUAUAUCUGGCGGCAGUCCACCCGCUCAAACGCUGUAUUGUGUCGACAAUGGAGUUCACUGGUAUUGCUGGAUCUCUAAGAAAUAUGGUCAUUGUUACAUCUGGACACCCGCCGGUGCCCGGUGUUAAACUGACUCAUACAAAUUACCUUCUCUGCGCCGACUUAAAAUGGACAACUGAAUCUGCACGCGAGAGUACACAGCCUGCUAAAGUUGUCAUCCCACAACCCACUACGUUUGUCGAAAUGCCAAAUGGCGAAUUUGAAGAACAGAAGCCUGCACCAAUUUCAAUACCUGGUCCAGAGGAUGAAAAUGAAGCUCCUGGUCGCAGCAGCAUAGAAGCAGCUGAUGAUCAGCCGGCGGAACCAGAUACCCCGUCUCGCUUACUUCGCCAUCGCGACGUACAAACUAAUUAUAAUCUCAAAGCCCUUAGUGAUAUCGCAAGAGGGCGAAAGCGACCUAAUCAUGACCUGCAAUCGGAUUCGAGGCAGCUUGAGGGCGGCCAGGUGUUAUACAGCCUGUCUGUGAACCAAGGUCUUCGGCUUGAUUUAUACCGCUGUAUUGCCUGUGGUGCCUCCCAAGGCUCAGUACAACUUCUUCAAGCUCAUUUUGAACAGCACCAUACCGCCUACAACUUUGAAUUAUCUGAGGGUGAGAAUGGCGUCACAUUCACAGUUACAACUCGCCAACCAACUCCCUCAAUUUCAGAUAUUGUACCGUUCGAGCUACCGGCAUGGUCAUCCAGACAGACAUCGCACGCUGCUUCCGAGGAUGCUGAACCUAUAUCGCCUGCUGCUCGAAGACACUGGAAAGCUAGACUCCAAUCACCAAGAAAACACGCGGGGACGAAACUGCCUACUCCACCGAGCGGUGAUGUAGAUGAGGCUGUCAUCUCCCGUAUAUCAAAACGGAAGAUUAUUGAAGGACCGCCUGUGCUGGUCCCGCAAAUAAAACAGACGCUUUAUCAUCCGAUUAGCAAGGCCAAGUUGAAAGCAGGAGAGCUCCUCCCUAGCACGGAACCUGACCAGGCGUGGCUUUUGCAGAAGCAUCGGGAUAAUAUUGCUGAGUUUACUGAUGUGAGCGACUGCGAAAAAGACUUUAUUUGGAAAUGGGACGAUUUUAUCCUGCGACGGGACAUUAGCGCCCUGGUGUAUCUGGCACCACUCUGGCUCGAAUUUGUUAAAACAAAUGCCCGUUGGCUUGUUGCAUCGCCGGAGCGGAUGAUAGAGUUUGGAAACCACAUGGCGGUUCUCCUAGCUAGGAAUGCUCUCGAUGACGAGAUUAUGGAAUCGGCUCUUGUCUAUAUCAAAGAGGCUCGAAAAGAGGCCCCUCCCGCGGGCUAUAGAGACCAUGCCCCGUUUGUAAACGCAGGGCCUAUUAUCAAAAGUGCGAGCGGUUGCAGUGUAUGUAAACUGCCUGUCCGUGGCCCUAGAACGCUUGUGUGCGCAAACAAGAUCUGUACACAUCGCCAAUUUCAUUCGGACUGUAUCCGUGAUGCAGCCAAAAUGGAUGUGAGCCAGCGGCGCUGGAAGUGCAAUGAUUGCUGCGGCGAAGAGAUGGAUUUGUCAUAAUCUGCGAAUAAAAAGGAACCAUGGCGGCGUUUAACAAUUCCGGGAAUACUAUCUGGAGCGAGGGGAUAGAUAAAUGAAUGAAUGAUACUGUACAGUACCCGACCAAGCAUUGGUUACUUUAAUACACUGCGAAUCGUAAAUCGUUUACAUUCACAUUUCACCAUUGUUUCGUAUUGUGAACCGUCAAGUGUAAAGUAGAUAAAUGCUUCUUUUCCUUUCUUUUCGUCCAUAGGAUAUUACCAUCUAUGCUAACCAAACAGAAAAUAAACGCCAUGCGGAAAAAUAAGCCCUCUUGAUGCCCAGAAUUACAGACCAAACGAGAAUAGAGAAAACAGAAAAGAUGCCGGGGGAUGUACACGUUGAAUAUUACACGCCAGAGGGAUACUCUCACCUCUGUCGUUUCUUGUCCUGCCUCUCCUUCUCGGUGCGCUGCCGCUUCCUGCUCUCCUCUGAGAUGAAGUCGGCAAGGUCCUCAUCGUGCUGCCACUGCGCGCCCACGCCAUCCUGGCGCACACCCGCCUCAAACUUUUGUCGCAGCUCGUCCUUGUCGAUAGACCCGCUCUGGAGCGCAUCCAGGUCAAUCGCAACGUCCACGUCUCCAGGCUUCUUGCGCUUGCGGCCCUCGUCCUCGCGGUCAAGGUAGUUGGGGUUGUUGGCUGCCGCGAGGUCGUAUGCGCGGUCGCUGCCAAAGAAGCCUUCUGCGCGCACUUGGCGCUCCGGAAGGACUGUGUAAGCCGAGCGUGCGGGCUCGUCGGAUUCUUCAUCGCGGCGGGCCUUUCGCAGGUCCAUGCCAGCGGAGUCGGGGUACAUGCCGCCCGGUUGACUUGGCGUUUCUAGGCCAGACGGUGUCUCCAGACCGCUGCGGUCAACUGCUCCCUCAUCAUCGUCGUCGUUGUCAUCGUCAUCAGACUCGUCUUCGUCUUCUUCUUCUUCCGACUCUUCUUCCUCUUCCUCGCGUGGCUGCAGCUCGCCCCAUAGUGUGCGGUCAAUGGGUUCGUUGAGCUGUGCGGUUUGUGCUUGCGCUUGCGCUGCGAUACCAAAGACAUCGCCGCCGUAGAGCGGGCGGUUGAAUUCGUCUACUGGAGGCUUGCCCCAACCGCCGGGGUGGAAACCCCAAGAGCCACCAGGAGGUGGAGGGGCAUUGAGGCCGGGGAUCUUCAGGGCGGGAUAAGAGGGAGGAGGGCCGAAUCUUUGCUGGUUGAUGAGCCAUGGCGGAGGGGCGCCGACGGGUAUGCCGAGGGCUUCUCGUGCUUCGGCAGACAGGUCGCCAGGGCGGAAGUCUUGGUAGUCUACCUCGCUUUCCUUGCCUUCGUAGUAGACUUCGCCAAAGCGUGUAAGCUCGGGCUUAGUUUGGAAUCGGAAAAAUGCAUCGUAGAGUUUCUGAUAGUCAAUGUCGAGUCGGCCCAUCUUGGGCGCAACGCGCUCUCGCUGUUUUUGCUUCAGGCUUUGUUCGGCUUGUUUCUCAAGCACAGCAUCUCGCAUUUCGGCGAUACCAGUCUCGGCGAUGAACUGGGGUAGGCGGAACGCCGACUUUUCGAUACCACGCUUCGACGAGAGAUACUCGCGCUUCAUCGACCAGUGGGUAGGUACUGGCACCACGUUCUUUUGAGACUUAAUCUGCACAAGGAGUCUAGGAUCGGUCGACGAAACAUCUUGCCAGUCAACAACUUCGGGGACUUUGGCUAGCGCCUUGAGUUCAGCAAUAGAGAUUUUGUUAAGCUCCUUGCGUUUCUUCUUGGAAAUCUUGGGGGCCCCGUCGUCCUCGCCAGGGAUGUCAUCGUCGUCGUCUCCGAGCACCUCGCCACGCUUAGCGGUGAUAGCAUCUUCGGCUGUUUCCUCGCUAUUGCGAGGAGCAGAGAAUUUGCUGAAAAUAUCUUUAAACGCUGCGAAAGCGGGAUCGUCUUCGUCGGGGAACGCUUCGGCAACAACCUCAACCGUGGGCUCGUCUUUCGGUGCGGCUUCUUUGUCGUCGCGCGUAGGCUCCUUUACGGCUAAGGGUUCCGUAGGUUCGGGGUUC